UUAUUUGUAUUUAUAUCACAGAGUAUCUCAGUCGUGUGUUUAUUAUGAUGAUUAAUAAUUUAAAUAUAAUUGUAUUUUUCUUAUGUUUGUAUAGUGUUUCGGCUUAUUUUACUUUACUUGGCAAGUGUCCUGAAAAUGUAAGCUUGCAAGAGGAUUUUAGACUGGCCGAUUUCCACGGUAAAUGGUACCAAGCCUACCAUUACUCCAGCGAUGGUCAGCAAAAAAACAACUGCUCCACAAUAGAGACCAUUCAUAAACAUACAGGAAUCUACCUCAACCAGUCCAGGGUAGACCGGGGUCUCUUCCACAGGUUCAGCCUGGGGAGACUGGAGAUUCCUGGUGAUAUAGAAGGGGGAUCGAAGUUAGAUGUCACCUUCACUUUUGAGAACGCUCCUAGAAGAUUGAAAACAAGAAGAUACCCGUUCCACAUUCUGACGACUAAUUACCGGUACUACGCCACUGUUUACACGUGCCAAUACAGUCCGCUUAUCAAUAAACACUUCAUAUAUGUGUGGCUACUAUCAAGACGACCACUCCUUAACGAUGUAUCCAAAGAGCUGGCCAUUAAACCACUCAGUAUGAUUAACGUGGAUCCAGUUAAACUGGUCAAAGACGACAAUGUUAGCUGCAACCCAAAAUAUUAUGAGGAUAUCGAGACUGAACCAAUGACGUUCAGAUACCCUGUGCCUAUUUAAUUUUUUUAUGAUAAUUUUAUGUGUAUGAUAAUGUAAGCCAUUUUAAUAAAUAUUGCUAAAAUUAA